AGUGGAUCGUUUUCUUUUGAGCAGGCGAUCAUUAUUCAUUCAUGUUUGGAAACGCGACUGGUGAAAAAUCCCACCAUACUAGCCAUAACGAUGCGAUCUUUCACCAUAUGCCUCUCAUUUGCUCUCCAGUGCUUCUUUCUCAAAAUCUCAUCAGAGUACUCUUCUAAAUCCGAUUUGGAGUAUGAAUUUGGUGACUAUCGUGGGAAGUUUUGUAUCGACGAUCAUGGUUUUGUGUAUGGCAUCGGGGAGGUUUAUUAUCCGGGUCCCACAGCCUGUCCAUGUACCUGCACUGAGGAUGGACCGGUGUGUGUCAGACCCAAGUGUCCGCGUAUACACCCGAGGUGCACGCGCAUCAGAUACAAGUCCUGCUGUCCGGUGUGCGAGGCUGUCAGUAAAGUUUGCGUGUACGGGGGGAAAACAUACAGAGUGCUGGAGGAAUUUAGGCUGUCUGCCUGCGAGCGCUGCCGGUGUGAAGUCAAUAGAGAAGUUUACUGUUCCAUAUCGGGCUGUCCUUCCUUGCAUUGUGUGAAUCCUGUAUAUGAACCCAACCACUGCUGCCCCGUGUGCAAGAGCGGGCCAAACUGCUUUGCUGGAAAUCUGGUGAUCCCAGCUGGAGAACGUGUGGAGAUCGAUGGGCGGAUGGAGUGUUUCUGCACUUACCAGGAUGGAACGUGGCAGACGCACCCUCACGCUACCUGUGAGGAGCGCGAGCCACCAGACAAUGAAGCUACUGACACCCAUGAAACAUCAAAACAAAUGGAGGAGCAGGAGAAAGAAAAGAAAAGAGUGUUCUCACCCAGGCUGGAUGCCAUCCCAUGAAAUGGAAGUGUGCUGGCACCAGCUUUCCUGACAGUCAGUAGGGGAUAUAGGGCUUCAUGCAGGUGUCUGGGACUACACAACCUGUGCUGGAAUAACUGCCAAUGCUUGACCUCUUUAGCCAGCCUCAUCCCCCACACUCAUUGACACAAAAACAACAUUAAGUGGCUGUGCUAUAGGCCAUUUUGAAAGAAGUAAACAACACUGUGCAGAAGCACUUCCUGUUUCAGCUUUUCACACUAUACUAAUAAAAGUGUCUAUAAGAAACAUGGAAACAUUUCUAACUUUACUAUUAUGGUACUGUUUGUAUAAAAUAUAUGUGUGUUUAUUAUUGCUUAUGAUGUUCUGCUUCAC